AUGGCGCAAACACUGAAGCCAGCUGGGGAUGCUGGCAGGCUGAUCAACCUUCUUCCAGUCGGUCUGAAAGAAGCCGCAAUCGAUUCUCCUACUGCCCGCGCCACCGUAGUGCAUUACGGAGAGCAAGUUGAGCUGCUCGAAAAAUGGCUGGACGACUACCUGAGAUCCUCGAAUCGACUCGUUGCGGAAUCCGUGACACUGGAAAAUGUGUUGAAUAACUUCAUCUCUCACUCGAUGCUUCCCACGACGAUUUCCGAAUCGAUGCUGGAUCACGAUUAUAGUGUACUGGCCAUGAAGAAGUAUGGGGAUGGGGCCAAGGACUACUGGAUGAGCAUGGUAGCAGUGAUGAAGAGAUUGCCAACAAUGGUUAUCGACCCCGUAAGACAGUUUAUGCAAAAUGAUCUGCGGGCUUUCAAAGAAGCUCGUCGGGCUAUCGAAGCUUCCCAAAAGACCUUUGACCACCUUCAAUCUAAGUUCGCUGCACUUGGAAAGUCCAAGGAACCUUCCUCUUUGCGAGAAGAUGCCUUCCAGCUGCACGAGGCUCGCAAGAUAUAUCUCAAAGCCAUGAUGGAUUUUUUCGGCAUGGCCCCACAGCUCCGAUUCACGUUGGACAAGUUGCUCGUCAAAAUAUUCUUCGAGCAGUGGCGGGAAAUGAGACUUUCACGAGAUGAUACGGCGGCAACAUUCCAGCGGAGCUCCGAGGAGAUGCAGAGGAUAAAGGGCUGGCUGAACGAAAUGGAGACUAGUGAAAAGACAUUUCAGAAGGAGCUGAUGACGGCCAGGAAACAGCUGGAAGAUGCCGCAGAGUUGAAUGCUCGGCCAUCAAGAGAGUUAGAUGACUAUAGUCUGUCGACUGUGCCGCAAUUCGCCGGUCAUGCCCACACUGCAAGCGGCUCUAACUUACAGCGCUCUCCGAAGAAACACGCGGCGAUUGCUGGAGAAAAACAAGGGUGGCUGUUCUUGCGGACAUACAGUGGUAAGCCUACAAGAACUAUCUGGGUGAAGAGGUGGGCGUUUAUCCGCAACGGGGUCUUUGGCUGGUUGUUGCAAGGAACCCGAGCAGGAGGUGUCGAAGAGAGUGAACGCAUUGGCGUUUUGCUCUGUAACGUUCGGCCUGCCCCCGCGGAAGAGCGUCGAUUCUGCUUUGAGCUGAAGACCAACAAAAACACCAUUCUCCUCCAGGCCGAGACUCAGUCUGAGCUGGUGGAUUGGAUCGGUGCCUUCGAGAUGGCGAAAUCGAAAGCUUUGGACGAUCCAGACGCUUCGCAGAAUCUUGCAGGAGAAGGGAAUAUCCAAUCGGGUGCGGCAUUUGCAAUAUCCGCCCCCCCCAUACCCGAAUUUGGGACUUUGAUUCUCGGCUCGACAGAACCAGGUGCUGGGAGCGACGACGUAGUGGCUCUGGAAAAGUCAAACACUCUUCCAAUCCCCGGGACCGAACAUCUCCGCGAAGCUAGUGUCGACCUCCCCAGACGUUCUACUGCUAUAGAAGACAGCGGACAUCGCGAAACAGCUUCUCGCAUCAUUUCCAAGCUCGACCUUCACAGGAAAAGUGGAGCAACGCCGCAAGUAUCUCCCAGUCCACCUACGCCCAACCUUCCGACCGGUGGUGGCAUAGCCAGCCUCAUCGCAGCCAGCCAUGGAUCGAUGCCGGUAGGCCCGAGUCUGCCAUUGGUUCACAAUUCCGAGCUGGAGUUUGCAAAACCACGGGGCACAUUCGCCUUGGCUCUUCGUGACAUGCCGGCCAGUAGCCUGGCUCCUUCCACUCUCGCUUCUGUUCCAUCUCCGACAAACUUAAGCAGGUCAGCAGUUAUCAUCACGGGAGAACGAGGACUCAGUCCUGCUCCUGACAAGACGGGGAUCCCAACGAGUCUUUUGGCCAAUAUGUGGGGUACUUCUAGCACCGCCUUUAUCAAUCGACUUGAACGCAGCGAUGUCAACUUGACACCCGAGCCUAAGCUUAUAGCACAACCCAGUCCUGUUUGGAAGCCAUCAUCCUCACCACCAAAAUCGUCUUCGUCACCUCCGUGUCCCGCCAUCGCGCCCCAGCAUGCGAUAUCGCACCUUGACUUGACCAUUCCUCAGACAGACACUCGAAGCCGCACUCCAUCACCAAGCAAAAGACGGCAUAGAAGUACAACUAGUGUUGGUCGCGAAACAAUAAAACAAAUGAGGAGCGAUUUACUUGUUCCCGAAUUUCCGAGUUACUAUCCCCUGCAACUACGGUCUCAGGAUGCGCAAUUCAGACUUCUCUUCCCAAAUGUCCGGCGUGACGAACGGCUGGUCAUGGUUUUCAGAGCAACGUGGAGUCCAAACGAGCAACAAGAAUUUCCCGGACGAGUAUAUGUGACACCUCGGGAUAUUUAUUUCUACAGCAACCAUCUAGGGCUUGUCCUCACCUCGAGUGUACCUCUUGUUUCGAUUGAUGAAGCCACUGCGGCGCCGGGAAGGGGUUGUGAUUUCGUUUUCCUGCACCCAAGGGACCCUGAAAGCGAUGGGAGCGCACGUCGAAUCACCAUUAAGACAUUUUUGGAACCUCUGAGACUACUCCAGAGGCGCUUGAAUUUCUUGAUCACGAACAGCAUUUCAAAUGAACCACUUGGCCUGGAAGAGCUGAUCAAAGCUUUGCUCCAAAUGGAGCGCGAGGUUCCGGAUCGUAGCCCGAGCCUGGAGAGCUGGGAAGAUGUUUCUCCAAAUACACCCGUUGACACAGGUGGUCCGAAAUAUCGUGGGAGAGCAUCGACCAUCGGAACCGAGCUCAGAGGCCCUGUGCGUGUUGUUGAUCGCGCUCUACAGCAAAUGCAACUAGGAAGAAGAGAUUCGAAGUUCAAAUUACCGGCUCAGCCGGUGAGAUAUGUUCCCCCGGGCAACCUCCGUCUCGCAGUGGAGAAGGAAUUUGAUAUUAGUGCUAAAGCAUUAUUUCACGUCAUGUUUGGCGACAAGAGUGCCCUUUGGCAGUUGCUACAACACGAACGUCGAGCCAAAAAUCUUACUCAAGGGCCAUGGUUAAGCUGGGGAGAAGGACGACUUCGGAGGGAAUUUGCAUUCGACAUUCCCACAACGAACAUGUUUGGUCAAGAAUCAUUCGCCCGAGUUCGAGAUUACCAAGUCAUAGAUGUGAACAGCGAUCAUUUGUGCUACGUUGUCACAGAUAAGCGGACGCCAUGGCAUCUUCCAUACCAGAACAUUCAACGGCUCGUCAGCAAGAUUGUCAUCACUCAUGUGGCCAAGGCGCGGUGUAAGCUUGCCAUUUUUGUCAAAGUCGAAUGGUUACAAGUUGCUUGGAUGUUCGGCGGGAUGAUCGAACGACAAGGACUGUACGACCUGGAGCUCGACUCACAAGAUCUAGCAGACCUUGUAGCAGAUCAAGUACGCAAGCUUGGCGCACACAGUCGUACGAAGAAAGCCGUCCAGAUCUUCGGCCAGGUUGGCCAUUCAACAGAGACCAUCCAGCUUCUCAUGGAAGCCUCGGCCCUGAGCAUCGAAUUGAGAAGACAACCAAUUUCGCGGACAGUGACAGGCCUUCUAGCACAAGCUGCUGCCUCGACUGCCGAAAGCGCCACUGGGGCGAUUUUACAAACAUUCCUAGGCCUUCUCCGAUGGAUUGGGAAAACUCUUUCCGCCCAGAAAUUCAUUUUAGUGGCUCUUUUGAUCAGUGCUCUGUACAACAGUUGGCAUACAUAUCGGGACUCGCUUGAUUGGUGGCACGAACGUCGAGCUUCGAGAUUCAUGGCUCGGCUGGGUGUCUCACCCAAUAUCGUCAUGAGCCGAGCCGUCCACCUCAGUGAUUUGGACGAAAUUCUCAACCGAGAGGCGAAUCUUCCUGUUCGUGACACCAGUGCCUGCUACAGUGUCUUCUACGACGAACAUGAUCCGGAAUAUAUCUAUGCAGGGACCGGAAACGGCGCGGCUGCUCAGAUUCAACAAACGCGUCAGCGUCUGGGCAGGUAUCGACACGAUCUCUUUGUCGCGGCCCGCGUUGUCAACGGUAUGGAGAAGGAGUUGAUGCAAGGUGCCUGGGAGCAAUGGGUGGUAGACGAGAAUCGACGGUGUCGAGCCGUGGAAGGAUUGGUUUUGGAUGAUGCAGAUCAGAAUUCGACGACCGUAAACGAAGAUGUGAGGAGUUGGUAUGAUGAUUACUGCGCCAGCUGUCGCAAUGAGUAUGUGAAGAUUCGGGCUUGA